AUGGCCGCGGCCGACCCAACCUACCCCCUCUACCCUGUGGCCAGCAUCUUAGCAGCUGCUUCUCUGCUACUGGUGCUUACUGCUAGUGUUGCCCGUCAGAGUUGGAACCUUGGCGUGGUCUUUCUUAGCUUCUGGCUCUGCUUGGAGACGUUCAUAAACGGCGUCAAUGAGAUCGUGUGGUCGGACAAUGCAGACAUCAAACACGUGGUAUACUGCGACAUCGUCACACACCUGCAGCUCAUCAGCUCCAUCGUCAAGCCAGCGUCGACAUUCAUCAUAACGCGCCGGCUGUAUCUGAUAGCAAGCCUGCGAUCGGUCGAGCUACCCAAUCCAUCAGCUCGGCGCCGAAACUUGCUGAUUGAAUGGACAUUGGGUCUCGUUCUUCCUGUGAUGAUUGGGGGACCCAUCUACUAUGUCGUCCAGUCCCGGCGUUUCACGGUAGUCGAAGGCUUUGGGUGCCUGAACUCCAGUGUCUUCUCAGUUCUUACCUUUUUCCUAAUCACCAGUUGGAGCAUCAGCCUUCCGUUGUUAUCCAUCGUAACUUACCUUCCGAUGGUGGCUCGAGUCUUCUACAGACAGGGUAGAGACACCAAUCAAUUCCUGAACAGCAACGGCACUGUCUCGCGCACCAACUAUCUCAGGGUCCUUGCCGUCGCCAGCACUGACAUGCUUCUCACUCUUCCCAUCGGCAUCACCAACCUCGUUCUCUUCGUUCUGUCAUCACCGCAUGAAAUGACGUUCUAUCCUGGCUGGGAGCACGUCCACUCCCACUGGAAUCCCACCAGCGAGUCUUACUCGAAGCUCCUGGAGCGCGGCACAUUCAAUGUUGCGAGGACAUACUUCACCCGAUGGACGUCUCCUGUGCUGGCGUUCGCAAUCUUUGCUCUCUUUGGACUGACAACCCAGGCGCGCGCGACGUACUGGCGCCCAUUCUCAUCUAUCAAAAAGCGGAUCCUGCCACAGAGGCCGAAGUCGAAGAGUGCGCGCUCUAUGGUCAGUGUGGACUCCGAUCAGUACCCACAUAUAGUUACGCUGGAUGCCGAAACUGGAUCGCAUGUCAGCAUCGUUCCACGAUUGGCUUCUUCAAUGGCGCUUUCCCUCGACGAAAAAGACGUAGCAGAAGAGUACAGUGCGCUUCCUCCGCCACCCAAGUAUGGCUUCGUCUCCGUCAUGUGGCCGCCAAAACCCACCUGGACUGCUGCCGACGUUCCUGAUCUCUCAGGGAAAGUAGUUUUGGUUACCGGCGGCAAUGCUGGCAUAGGCAGAGCUGUCAGUAAAAUCCUCGUCGAGCGCGGUGCUCGCGUUUAUAUCGCGGCACGCGACAGAGCGCGAGGUAUAGCCGCUGUAGAGGCGAUCCGCACAGAAACCGGUAAAGGCGAAGAAAGCGCGCGCUUCUUGCAACUUGAUCUUGCGGACCUGGCUAGUAUACGACGUGCGGCCGAGGACUUCCUGGCACAAGAGCGGACUUUGGAUAUCCUCUUCAACAACGCCGGUAUAGGUAGGACUGGGCUUGGACCGCUGACGGCUCAAGGCUACGACGACCAAUUCGGCGUCAAUGUUCUUGGACACUUCUUCCUUACGAAGUUAUUGCUUCCCGCACUCCUCGCGACGGGACACGCUCGAGUAGUGAACGUAUCAUCGAAUGCUCAUGACAUGAAGAGCUGGAAGGAUGGAUUGGCAUGGGAUACUCUGGUACAAGGCGAGACGAACCAGAAGGCGAGGAAGCGAGAGGCUCGGUAUCUGUACAGCCAGAGCAAGCUCGGGAACGUGCUGUUCAGCAAUGCUCUCGCGCGUAAGUACGGUGAACAAGGCAUCGUAUCGAUAUCGCUUCAUCCCGGAAGCAUCAGGUCAUCUUUCACCCGACACUUCCCAGCUUUGCUGACAUGGAUUCUUAAUCGCACUAUCAUGUAUGACAUCUCUUUUGGUGUCAUAACCCCGUUGUACGCCGGUACGAGCGUAGAAGCCGAGAAGAUGAACGGCGAGUAUUUGACAGCGUGGGCUCGCCGCCAACAGGCAGCAAAGGGCGCGAGAGAUGAGAAGCUACAAGACCGGCUAUGGGAGUGGUGCGAGGAACAGAUCAAAGCCUUCUGA